GAGAGUUCAGAAAAAUUGAAUUGGCAGCACAAAUCAAAAUUCUGAUCAUAACAAGAAGGUUUUGGCAACACUUUUGAUCAAUUGACCAAAUCAACACUACAACACCUUAAUAAAACGAUCAUGAUAGCUCUGGUUGAUGACAGUACAGUGGUUGAUGCUACAAUCUAUAUUGGUCUUGUGCUGGCAUUGACUCAGAAUUUGUCUGCUUCUGAGAUCAUUCAGAUCAUAAAUGACUUACGUGUGCAGUUGAAUCAAUCAACUUUCAAUGUUCAAUAUACUUCUGUGAUUCAUAUACUUGAAUUGGUAUUGAUCUAUGCUGAUCCAUCAAGUUAUUCAUUGGAUUCAGUGAUCAAGUUUGUGGAAACUUUAACCAAGGAAGAGUUACCUUCAUCUGAGUUUAAUGAUUUAGAAGAGAUUAAAAAUUGGUUAAGUACUAAAUCGAUUGAUAUUCCAAAUCAUGAUAAAUCAAUAUUAAAGACGGCAUCAGCUAUAUUGACUGAUACAACAGCUCAAUGUCAACAUCUUUCAUUCAUUUUGAGUAAACACGAUACCAAACAAGAAAUCAUAUUUAAAUUUGUUAAGGCCAAAGUAUUAAGACUUUCUCAUUAUUAUCAUGAUGCCAAAUCUUUCCAAAGUUUGUUUAAACCAUUACAAAACUAUGAACCAUUCAAACUAUGGUAUAAUGGUUUGGUCCAACUGUAUAUAUAUUAUUGGGACAAUUAUGGAUCCUUAAAUGAUGAUAAUAAUCAAGUUGUACUAUUCAAAGACUUUUUAAACUUACAAUCAUUACAAGAUCAUUUCACAAUAUUAAUCUAUCCCGUCAUCCAUCAUUCAUAUACCAGUAACAAAUUAUCAAUAGAGAAUUGGAAUACUCAUGUUAUUUUACCCCUUAUACAUUAUUAUGGAGAUGAUUUCGAACCUUUACAUUCAUGGUUAUUCUUAAAUCCUGAUCAUUUAUCAGGAAUUCAUCCAUCUAAGAAGUAUCAAGUUUGGAAACAUACUAUUCAAUCGAUUGUUCAAACUCCUUAUUUACAAUUUGAUAAUUUCAAGAUUAUAAUUGAAUAUUAUUUAGCAUCAUGUUAUUAUUUUGCAGUUUAUUUCGAAAAUGAUGAAAAGAAAGUAUCCUCAGUGGAAUUAACUAAGAUUUAUGAUACUAUAAUUGAAACUUUGGACUUAAUAACUACUGAGAAGAAGCACAUUGAAUUAUCAAGUAAUUCAUUUAAAGAUUUGUUCCCUGUGUACGACUCCUUGCAAGAGUUUAUUGAAUCAAAUACUAAUCCUAUACGACCAUUAUUUAUCGAACCAAAUGGUAGUUCUAUAGCUACCUUAAAAGAAAUUGUCACUACAUGUCAAGAAUUAUAUCCAAUUAAUAGAUUAACAAUAUCGAAAUAUUUACAUUUGAAAUAUUCAGCUGAACCAAUGAAAGAGAAGGAAGUAUUACAAAUAUUUAGUGGUAUAAAUUCCAAUAAUAGUUCUCAAUUGUUAACUUCAGUGGAUUCAUUCAUAAGUAAUUUCAUCAAUGAACCGAAAGAAAGCACCAAAAUCAAUAAACUUAUCAUUGGGAGAUUAUUAUUUUCUAAUUUCUUUGAUUUAGUUGAAUCACGAUAUAGUUCCAAAAUCGAAGCUAAUGAGUAUUUUGAAUUAGUAUUAGAGAAAUAUUGGGAUUCAUUUAAUAAUGCUAGUAAUUUUAAUGAAAAGAUUGGUAAACUCCAUGAUGCAGCUAAAUGUGUUGAAAUUCUUGAUAAAGUUUCAAAUCGAUCUGAUUUAAGUCAAGUUAAUAAACAUUUGAUAAUUCGUUUCAAACAUUUAUUCAAAGCUAUGGCUAAUAUGAAGAAUUUUAGAAUUGCAGUGGAAAAGAAUAAGCCAUUCACUCCAUAUCAACUUGUUAAUAAUUUUGGUCCGUCUGAAUCCAAUACAGAUCAAAUUCAAACCCUUCAUCUUAUAAAUAUCAUUCUUGAACAAAAUCCAAAGUCUUAUGUGGCAUUUGAGAAAUUAUACCGAAUUUUAAAUGAUUUAUUAAUUUAUUUCGAUAUUGAUACUAGUAAAAAUUCAACUUAUUAUUUCAAUAAAUUAAAAUCAGCAUGUAUUGAAUCAUCAUUGAUUGAUAAUAAUUUCACUUUUGCUUAUGAGAAAUGUUUGGAAUUAUUACAACAUUAUCAAAAGAAUGAUGAUGAUUUGAAUGAUAUCUGGUUAACGUUUUAUCAAGUGGGUAAAUAUAUAUCCCCAUCAUGGUAUGAAGAUGAUAUAAGUGAUAAGAAAGAGACAGAAAAAGUGAAGAUUUGGUUACAACAACGAGAAUUACUUUCUAGAACUUUAGAGUUUACCUACCACUCUGAUUCAAGUUCAGAUAAUAGUAAAGUUAUCUUAAGUCAAUGGGAUAGAAUCAAUGAACAAAUAGAAGAAUAUUAUAGUCAAUCUAGACUUGAUAACUUGAAACAAUCCCAAACUAGUAAUCAAUUAAGAACUUUGACUGAUGUUAAAGAGAAUAUAGGUAAUUUAGCUAAUGAAAUUAUCCUUGAUGCUACAGCUACCACUAAUAAUGCUAGUGAAAAGAUAUCUAAUCUUUUUGUUUCUGGUUUAGGUUGGGCCAUUGGAGCUAAUCAACAUCAUUGAUCUUCGUAAUAUUUAGUAUAUGUAUAAAGUUAAUAUGUUUAUGAUAUGUCAUAACUUUUGUCAUAAAUAUUUGUCAUGUCGUAAAUCAAAAAAUUUUGACAUUUUCUGAUCAAGUCGCGUAAACUUCAAAAAUUUAAAAAUUUCAUAAAA